CUCUUCUGCAACAGAACAUCCUUGGCUUGAAAGCAGCCCAAAAGCUUCCCCGUCGUUCCAGCUUUCCAUGGGAAACAGCAGGCAGCCAGGAGGUUACCUUGCGCCCCCUGAAUUUUCAAAUGCUGUGCAAGAUGUCUCUCUCUUGUCUCAUUUCCAAAAUCCAGGACUCCAGGUCAUCACCCUGAGCAGCCUGGAGAACUCACCAGCAGAGCCACACCAAGAACCUGCUCUCAGCAGCAGUGUCCGGCCCUACCUGAGCUACAGUGGGGGCAGCAGGGGCGGUGGCUCUCCCCAGGAAGAGAAACACGCUACUUUCCUAGCCAAUACUAGCAUCUCUCCUAAAACCGUGAGCUCAGGGGCAGGUGCCAAGGACAGUGGCUUUUUGACACAAAACUUUGUUACGGUGGCCCCUGGACACACUAGCCAGAACAGUGUGGGGCAGCAGCACCAUGGAGGGAACCUGUACACUCAGCCGCCUCUUCCAGAGAAAAAGAGGUCCUCCGAAGGAGACCGUUCCUUCACCUCCGUGUCACCUUCUUCAAGUGGCUUCUCUAGCCCCCACAGUGGCAGCACAAUCAGCAUCCCCUUCCCAAAUGUUCUCCCAGAUUUCUCAAAAAUGUUAAGCACUUCCCCAGUGCCAGAAAACACAACAGAUAAACAUGUGACCGUAAAAUUUGUCCAGGACACCUCCAAGUUCUGGUAUAAGCCAGAUAUUUCAAGAGAACAAGCCAUCGCUGUUCUGAAGGACAAGGAGCCUGGCUCGUUCAUUGUUCGAGACAGUCAUUCUUUCCGGGGAGCCUAUGGGCUGGCAAUGAAGGUGGCUACACCACCUCCUUCUGUGCUCCAGUCCCACAAGAAAGUUGGAGAUCUGUCAAAUGAGCUUGUAAGGCAUUUUCUGAUUGAAUGCACUCACAAGGGGGUGCGCUUGAAAGGGUGCCCGAACGAGCCAUAUUUUGGGAGUUUGACAGCUCUGGUGUAUCAGCAUUCCAUCACUCCACUGGCAUUGCCCUGCAAGCUCCUCAUCCCAGACAGAGAUCCCUUGGAGGAGGUCGCAGAAACAUCUCCACAGACUGCUGCAAAUUCGGCGGCGGAGCUUCUCAAGCAGGGUGCAGCAUGUAACGUUUGGUACCUGAAUUCAGUGGAGAUGGAGUCCCUCACAGGCUACCAGGCAGUACAGAAAGCCUUGAGCCUGACACUGAUGCAAGAUCCAUCUCCCAUCUCAACCGUUGUCCACUUCAAGGUGUCUGCGCAGGGAAUCACGUUGACAGAUAAUCAAAGAAAACUCUUUUUUCGGCGACAUUAUCCAGUCAACACUGUUAUUUUCUGUGCUUUGGAUCCACAGGACAGAAAGGUGUUUGGGUUCGUUGCCAGGAAGCAAGGCAGUGCCACAGACAACAUAUGCCACCUGUUUGCAGAGCACGAUCCGGAGCAGCCUGCCAGCGCCAUUGUGAACUUUGUAUCAAAGGUCAUGAUUGGAUCCCAGAAGAAGAUCUGA